CCUCCACCGUCCACACUCCACUACAUUGCCAGGCAAUAACCUCAAAAGUUCUCUGAGACAUCUCGCAAACUGAAUGCUGAAUGCUGAAUGUUGCACAGACUUUAUAUUGCUGACAAUUAUAACAAUAACUACAAUCCUGCCCCUAAAUAAUUUCGCCUACACUUAAUAUUCUUCCUUGCAAAAAGGAAAACAAAUGAUUAACGCCGACCACUCAUCUAGCCCACCAGGCUCGCCGGGUAGUGCCACACCACUUCAGCCAAUAUCCUCCGACCGAGCAAACCAGCAACGCGACCAAGCCCGCGAUAGCGACGUGCAUGACAAGAUCCGCCAGUUCAACAACAUGACGCACAAUGGCCCUGCUGGCGCGGCAUCUAUGUCUAGACAGCUCGAACGGAAGACUGCCGACGCAGCUCUAAAGAGGGCUAUGCUAGGACGUGAAGAGGCAGAAGGCGAGAUGCGACGCUAUCGAGAUGAGGCUCGAACACUCCGCAAGCAGAUAGAGGAAAGCCGUUCCAGAGAGCGUAAAGUGGGCGAAAGACUAGAAGAUAUAAUGGAAAAAUACGGCCAAGCGAAGGAAACAUUACAACAUAGCAAAGCCAUAUGGGAGAAAGAAGUACGACAAGCGCGCAAAGAAUUAUUUAAAACGCAGUCCACUACCGUCAAGUUACAAGAGGAACUAAAGGUCGUCAAAGCAGCCUCUAAAUCUAUUGAGGAGUCUUUAGCGAGAGAAAAGGAACUUAGCAAAGCCAGAGAGCAGGAAGCCUUUCAAUCGCGCUACCAACUUGUCGAUAUGCAGGAACAGUUAGAAAAGGCUCUCGAACGCGUUGCCUUCGUCGAACAAGAACGUGACGCCUACAAGGCCGCUGCAAAGAGCGAAGAGAUCGCCAGAAUCGCCGCGGAGGGUCGCCUACCGCUACCACCUGAGGAUCCAGAGAGCGAGUUCGCCUCUCCUAGGAAGGAAAGAGUUUCUCUGUCGGCUGUUGACAUUCUAUCCUCUGCCGCAAGCGAGGCUGAGAUAGAAGAGCUGACCCGUUUAUGGCAAUGGGAGAAGCAGAGAGCUGACCGUGCCCAAGAGCACCUCGAGUUCGUGAAGGCUGAGUGCGAGUUGCGAUGCUGCUCCUGUUCCAAAACUCGUCCACGGAGAAGCGCCCGAUCAUCAAUCCGUCAAGAACGGCCUAAAUCGGCUUCGAUUAUGGACGCAGCCGAUCUGAUGAUCUUAGGCCAGGAGCCUGAAUCUUCAGAGAAGCCCACUCCUACACAAGCUAAGCACCAAAGGCAGGAGAAAGAGCGCCAGCCAGAGCUCUCUCAGCCGGAAAUAAUAGAACCUCCUGUAGAAACUGUCAUGCAAAAUGAAGAACCCGAGGAAAUCAAGCUGCCAAAGGGGCCUAGGCGCAGCACAAUAUUUGUGCCAUCGGAGGGUAUAUUCAGAACUGUCUCUCAACAAGAACUUGAGGCGAUGGAGAAACACGUCGAGUCUAUACCCGAGCCGCCUACCUCUGUAGAUCCCCAACCAGAUCCCCCUCGUUAUUGCCGCACCCCUUCUGUUGAGCCUCCGACAUUCGCUCUACUGACGCAGGAACGCACCUCCCUCCUUUCCCUCCUCAAUGCGCCCCACGAAGGCGACUCCCAAUGUAUGCCUAUGAACAUUCCGACUAUCCCCACUGGACGCCAUGCCGACCUUGAACAAGAUGAGGAAGAAGCCACACAUUCUGACCAUGAACCCGAGACAGAGAUAGACACUCGAGCUCAACAAAUCGCAGCCAAACAUGACGCGAUCCGCCCCCACACCUCAGCCGCGUUCUUCACUGUUACGAAGACGACGACGGUCCCCGUCCGCGAGGAGAACUACCGCGGUAGCAAUAGCACCUGCAGUUAUCGUAGUAGCAGCAGCGAGCCCCCGUCUUUCGACGUUAAUAACCCGGCUCUAACACCGACGAUGACGCGCGAGCAGGCGUUAGCGCAGAUCAAGGAGAGGCGCGGACGGGCUAGGAGCGCGGCACAGGGACUCGCUACGCCGAAAAAACAGAUGAUGAAGGGGGCGGGCGAGAGGAGAGAUGUCAGUGCUCCUAUGGGGAGGAAGGGGAGGUCUGCCUGAGACUGACGUACCUAUCGCCUAAUUACUUUCGGCGAGGAGAGACGGAGUGUGUCUAUUAUUCCAAUACCGAUGGACUAAUAUGAUGGGCGAGAUGGAAAUUUGCAAAUUUGCAAGCGCCCUUUGUCUUCGGCGCCGAGAAAAGAGGCUAGGCGUUCAGAUACAAUACUCGGAACGAUUGCAUUUCCAUCGGCGUUUUUAUUUUUUCACCAUUUCGCUCUUUCUGGCCUUUCCUUUUUUCGGCAAGUGAAAGGAGGGUGGGAAAAUGGGGUGGGCUUGGUGAUGAAAUGAGACGAUGUGGAAUGGGGCGUUGGAUUUUCUUAGACCUGUUUACCUUACUACCCCUUUGCCCUCUCGCAUUGCGUUGCGUUGCGUUGAUGUUUCCCUUUUCCUUGUAUACCUCGGACUCAGCUUACGACAGAGAUGACUGGCGGAGUUGGAGGCUAUUUGACUACUUGCUGCACUAGGUAGUGAGAUUACUGAUUGUAAUGGAA